AUGUCCGAGGCGGCCAUCCUGCCCGAUGUUGUCAGCUACAGCACCGCCUUGAGUGCCUGCGAGAGGAAAGGAGAAUGGACUGUGGCGCUCCAGCUGCUGGCGGUGAUGGCGCUGGUGGGAGUUCUGCCAAACGUGUUCAGCUUCAGCUCAGCCAUCGGUGCUUGUGCCCGCUGCUUUUACUGGGAGCAGGCGCUGGCUCUCUUUGGGCUCCUGCCAUCUGCAAGCGUUUCUCCCAACCUCGUGACCUACAGCGCAACCAUCGGUGCCUGUGAGCGAGUUGGGCUCUGGGCUCUGGCUGUUCACUUGCUGUCGCAAGCGCCGUCGCCCGAUGCUUUGAUCUAUGAUACGGUGCUCAGUGCUUGCGACAAGGGUGGGCAGUGGGAACCGACCCUGUGGCUGCUGUCAGAGAUGCCCUCAAGCCGGAUUCUCCCGCAGACCAUGAGCUACAAUGUAGCAAUCAGGGCCUGUGCCAAGGCCGGCGAAUGGCAGAAGGCUCUGCAGAUCUUUCUCGAGAUGCCCGAGGGUCUUGCGGACGGUUUCAGCUUCUGCGCUGCCAUCGCCGCUUGCGAAGGGGAUGGGUACUGGAGUUUUGCACUCGAGCUCCUGGCAAGAGCGCCUCCCAACGUCUUCAGCUAUACUGCCGCCAUCAGCGCCUGUGGCAAGGGGCAGCAGUGGCAAGUCGCCCUCUACCUCUUCCAUGCCAUGCCAGCAGCUGGGAUUUCUCCGAACUUGAUCAGCUUCAAUGCCGCCAUCAGUGCAUGUGAGGAGGGGGGGAAUUGGGGAGAUGCUCUGGUGCUGCUAUCCCAGUCGCCAGGACCGGACAUCAUCACCUUCAACGCUGCGAUCAGCGCGUGCGAGAAGGGAGGGCAAUGGCAGCUGGCACUGCUGAUCUUCUCGGACUUGCGGAAGGUCGGCCUCGGAGGGAAUCUGAUCACGAAGAAUGCGCUGCUCAGCGCCUUCGCAAAGGGCGAGCAGUGGGCCGCAACCAUUGGGCUGCUGUCGGACAUGGCCAAGCAUGCGGCCACGCCAGAUGUGAUCAGUUACAACGCCACCAUUGGGGCUUGCGCUAGGGCCGCCCAGUGGCACAGAGCGCUGGAGCUUUUGUCGGAGAUGCCCACAGCCGCCUUGGCCCCCGACAGCUUCAGCUUCGUUGCUGGCCUCCAAGCCUGCGAGGAGUGUGGCUGCUGGACGUUUGCCUUGGCUCUCCUUGAUGUCAUGUCGAGAGCAGACAUGGCCAACGUCUUCGCAUACACUGCAGCCAUCGCGUCUUGCGGUGUCGGCCGUCAGUGGCAGCUGGUGUUCCACCUGCUCUCGAAGAUGGAAGAUGCUCGCACGCUGCCCAACACCAUCACUUUCAAUGCAGUGCUGGGUGCUUGCGAAGGUAGGCCUUCACUGUGGCCAAGGGCCCUUGUCCUGCUGGGACAUGGGGCUGCCGCGCGACUUCUUCCCGACGUGGCCACCUACGGGUCCGCGGUCAGCACCUGUUCAGGGCGAUGGGAGGCGGCUGCGAAGCUGCAUGUGGAGAUGCCCGGGAUCCACGUUCGACCCAACGUGAUCAACUUCAAUGCACUGCUGAAGGCCUGCGAGAGAUGUGCCCAGUGGCCGGUCGCCCUGCGGCUGCUCCAUGACAUGCCAUCGGCUGAAGUUGCGCCAGACAGACAAAGCUUCAAUUCGGCCGUUUCCUGCUCUGAGCAAGACGCUGUGAUCUCGCAGGUCUUGCUCAGCCAGCGAGCUGGUCUCCUGAAAGUUCCAUUUAAAGGAGCCCUAGGUUCGUUUUGA